AUGUCAUUGCACAUCUACAUUGCUCACACGGGCGAGCAGCUGUUGGCUGACCCGGUUUCGUUUGCGUCACCUGAUGCGUUGCGAACAUGGAUCUCCCGGAAGAUCUCCAUGCCUGCCCAGCGACAGAUUUUGAUGACUGCUAGUGGGAGGAAUGUUAGGCCUCAGACGCUUGCAACGGAGAAUGAGAUAUUUGUUUACGAUCGGCUAUAUAUAAGCGACGGCACUGUUAGAGAUCUCCCGGUGAUCACGCCGCCCGAACGUUUCACUCCCGAAACCCCUGCCGAUACCCUCGCAGAUCAGAAUAACCUGCAAGCAUGGCGGAAUCUCUACAUGGCACGGAGGGCAUGGGCCUUGAAUCUGGCGGCACAAUGCGCUCCGAUCAGCAGAGCCAUCGACGACCAGAUCGAGCACACCCACAAUAUCAACCGCGCAGUCGAUGUCGCCUUGGAGAAUCUGAAAUCGCAUGUUGGAAACCUAGAGCAUAAGUUCCAGGAGGCCCAGUCUUGGGCGAAUGAUUUAUUGAAGGAACAACAACUGGCGUUGGAUGGGUGGCGGAGCGCAUUGACAAAUAUCGAAACUAUCCCAGCGAAGAAAGAUUUCACGUUCCUACGACGACCAUCAACGCCGAAGAGGGCGACAGAGCCUCAAACUGGCACUCUAAAAGAUUAUAUUGAUGUGGAUCGGAUAAAGAGUGCUGCAUCGCAGGUAUCCUCCGUUUCUCAGCGUUUUGCUCGUCGUAUGGAUGAGGUUGAGAAAGCGGUUCACGAGGUGGUUUCAGACACGGAGUCGCUGGUUGAGGCGUCACAUCCAUCUCCCCAAGAAAAUGCAAGUGGGUAUAUGGAGGAGAUUGAAACAAUUGCCAAGAAAAUUGGAUCCGAUUAUGAACAUGUAUUGGCCCUUCCUAACUCCCAGAAGACGUUGGCGAGUGUUUCACGGAUGGCAUUGAAUCACACAAAGGAUCUCCUACCCUCCAUGUUGGAAAUGUGUCUCGAAAUACAGACCACCUUGGAACUGUCCAUAAAACAACGGAACUUGGCCACGAAGGCCGCAGUCAAGCGCAUGCAGAAAAUCUCCAACAUAGAGUCUCGAUUAGCUGGUGUCCAAACAGAACUAACAAAUCUAGAUGUUGAAGGAGACGCCUUCGAAACGUUAUAUGAAGCUUCCCAGUUGCCUAUGAUUUACGGGUCGAUUCUCAUCGAGGCUGUCCGCCGCCGUGAAUGGAAUGACAAAAUGAAAACCGAUUCUCUAAGUAUCGCUGAAGAAUUAGCGGUCUUCCGGAAUGAAGAGCAACGCCGACGGAAAAAAUGGAUAAAAAACAUGGGUAACUUUCUCUCAUUUUCCGAAGACACAAUCCCCAGUAUAGAGAUAAAUUUGCAGAGUGGCCAACUACCUGGAUGGCCAGAAGUUUCUCGCAAGGACGUUGACGCCUAUAUCGAAGAGUUGAAAACGAAGCCUGAUACCAACUCUGCCGUUCGAGACCUAACACAGCUCUUGAAAGAUUUGGAUGCACCUACUCGACAACAGAGACGAAAAGCAAAGGCAUUUAAACAUGGAAGUGUGUUUGAUAUCGGCCAAAGCUCAUUUCUUAACCGCGGGGAUGACAUGGUUCGGAACCUGAAGGAUGAAAAGAUGAAGCUCGAAGACAGGUUAAAAGCUUCGGAGAGCCGUAUACGGAAACUAGAAGACCUUCUCCAUCGCCAGAGUCAGAUGAGUCGCCCUGUUAGCGCAAAUUUUGGCUUUGACAUACCUAUUUCUCCAGCUUCACCUCGCCCGGAUGGACUCUCAAGGAGGUCAUCUGUAUCCUCCCGGCGUAUGUCGUCAAACCAGACUCCAGAAGACAAGGCUUUAGUGCAGCGAAUUGUCGGUCUGGAGGCUGAACUUCUUGCAGAGAAAGAAAACGUAUCAAGACUUCAGAAGGAAGCACACUUGGAGCGCCUGUCAAACAACGAUAAAAUACAAGAGGCCCAGUCUACUAAGAAAGAUUUAAUGGACAAUUUGGAGGCACAACAGCGGGAAUUUGAAGGUGAGAGGAGGUUUCUGGAAUCGGAGGUGAAGUCGAUUAAAAUCAAGCUUGAAGAAGCUGAAGAGGAACUGGAUAAGGUUAUGGAUGCCCGGGAGCACGACAAGCUUGUUGCAGAUGAACGAGCUGCCGCGCUACAAACGGAACUCGAAACCCUGCGAAAUGCUACUACUGAGGAGAUAGCCGAUUUCACGUCUGAAGUCCAGGCUCUCCGGGAGAAUAGCGACAAGGCCAAAGCCCACAACACCACGCUACAAGAGAGACUUGAAGAAAUGGCGCGAAACCAACGAGACUACGUAAUCGGCUUACAAACUGCGCAUGCGCAUCUAUCUCCAGGCGGUUCUGCCCCUGAAGAUCUAACUUCUCUUAUUAGAGCCAUUGAAGUUCUGUCGGAAGGGUUGGCUAUUCAUUCCAAGGGCGUCGAGGAAGCAUCUGCCAAGUCCAAUGAGGAAAACAAGUGUUUGUUAGAGAGAAUAGAACAAAUGGAAGCUGAAUCCAAGGAGUUGAGAGCAAGGCUCGCAGCUGAAGAAUCAGAACGAUCCAAGUUGCAAGCAACACUAAAUGAGGAAGCGCUAAGACUUUCAGCAGUCAGAACUGAAUUAGAAGAUGAACGCGAACAACUCAACAUACUGAGAUCUAAAUUCUCCGCGGGAGAAACUGGUUCAGAGGCGCUGAAAGAGCGAGUUGCGGAGGAGGAGCGCAAAGUUGCCGCUUUAAGGGAAAAGCUCGUCGUUGCAGAAUCUCACGCGCAAGGUUUCGAAGAUGAGAUUCGUACAUGGCAAAUGAAGGUGAAAACCCUGGAGGAAAAUGGGGAGCGUAACACUAAGGCAAUCUGGGCGAAAGAACUCUCUGAAAAACUCUUCUCUCAUGUGGGACAGUUCAGCCGGGUACUGCAGCAACUCGGCUUCACAAUUAUUCGACAAGAUAAUAAGAUGGUCAUCUAUCGAGCCUCUAAGGUCAACAACAGCAGUUCAUUGCUUGGAGAGAGUGUCAGCUCUCCAUCGGCUACUCCAAUGACUCACGAUCCGAAAUUAGUAGAGUGGGUUAAUACGAACAAUCGGGAGGAGGAGCAGUCAAAUUACACAGCGUUCAUCACCGCAAUUAAUGAGUUCGACGUGGAGCUCUUUGGCGAAGCAGUCGUUAAGCGAGUCAAGGAUAUCGAAACGUUAGCACGUAAGUGGCAAAAGGAAGCUCGGGGGUAUCGGGAAAAGUCACACCGUUUCCAAAGCGAAUCUCACGAAAAGAUUGCAUAUCGAUCGUUCAAGGAAGGGGAUUUAGCGCUGUUCUUACCAACGCGCAACCAGGCCAUACGAUCUUGGGCCGCAUUCAACGUUGGUGCUCCCCACUAUUUCCUUCGAGAACAAGAAGUGCACAAAUUACACACUCGUGACUGGCUACUUGCGCGGAUAUCAAAGAUCGAAGAGAAAGUGGUGGAUCUCUCUAAAUCUAUGAACGGCGCAAACCCGGAUCGUCGGUCCAUCGGGGAAGCAAGCGAUGGUGCAUCGAUAGAUGACGAUAACCCUUUCGAACUCUCGGACGGUCUGCGAUGGUAUCUGCUCGAUGCAUCGGAAGAGAAGCCUGGUGCUCCCAGUACACCUGGGCUAGCUAAGAGCACUGUUGCGUCAGCCCAUGUGGAUGCGACAGGCAGCAUCCGUUUAAAAAGGUCAACUAACGGUGGAGGAGCAACGAAAACUUUGACGAAAAGUCUCGAUAGUCGACGGAACAGCUCAACAUCGAAAAUAGGCACUCCGGUGCCUACGCUGCAAUCAGCCGAGUCUGCGGGGGAUAAUGUUUUGCCAGCAGCGGGAGAUGCAGGUGGCCAGCAAAGGAGAGCGGAGGCACCUAUUUUCGACGAGGUUCGCAGAGAUCUCUUAUCGGGUCCCUCAAAGGGAGAAUGA